CCCGCUCUUUCUCUCUAUCUUCUCUCAAUCCAGCUGGCAAGAGAAAAGUGUCAGAUGAAUGCUGAGACGCAAAACAAGAGCUUUUAAAAUACCGUGCAAUAUGUACGUGCCUCCGCGCCUCGCGUGACCUUACAUCAGGACAAAGAGAGUCGAUGAGACGCCGCUGCUGCCAUUUUCAGGUUUAGUUCAGUCGACGAAACUCUAAAAGCGGAAUAAUACACAAACACUCGAUGUAUGGAGAGCAGCGAUGAAGCGCGUAUUGCUGUGAAUGAUUAUGGUCGAUAGUCACCGGAGGGGGAUGGACAGAGACAGAGGCAGGAUGACAUCAGGAUACUCGCAGCAGUGCGAGAGCAGCAAAGCAUCAGACAUACAGGAGCUCGCGUCCAAACGCGUGGAUAUUCAGAAGAAGCGCUUCUACCUGGACGUCAAGCAGAGCACCAGGGGUCGCUUCCUGAAGAUCGCCGAGGUGUGGAUCGGCCGAGGCCGGCACGACAACAUACGGAAGAGCAAGCUCACCCUGUCCAUGUCCAUGGCGCCCGAUUUGCGCUACUGCCUGGGGGAUUUCAUCGAUUAUUACGCGCACAUCGGGCUCCGAGGAUGCCAGCAGGCGUCGCGGUCGGAGGAGCAGAGUAACGGCCAGGGCCGCGUGAUGGACCGCAGGAGAGCAGCGCCGGAUCAGCCGGCAUCAUCCACCGGCUCCGCCGCGUCCGAGGAGCAGAUCCACCGGGUGUUGAAGAGCGAGUUCAUCGAGAGGGACAACAGGAGAUACUACCUGGACCUGAAGGAGAACCAGCGUGGUCGGUUUCUGCGCAUCAGACAGACCGUCAACAGAGGACACGGCACCAUGGGCUACUACGGUCAGGGCAUCGAGCAGACGAUCGUGCUGCCCGCUCAAGGGCUCAUCGAGUUCAGGGACGCGCUGUCUCAACUCAUCGACGAUUACGGCGACGACGAUCCCGACCGGGCCGCGCGUAACCACGAGGAGUCGCCCGAGCUCCCCGAGGCCGCGUCGUUCCGUGUCGACAAUAAACGCUUUUAUUUCGACCUGGGCUCGAACAGGUUCGGCGUGUUUCUGAAGAUCAGUGAGGUCCGACAGCCCUACAGGAGCACCAUCACCGUUCCUCUGAAAGCCUGGGCCCGUUUCGGCGAGAACUUCAUCAGGUAUGAGGAGGAGAUGCGACACAUCUUCAGCUGCCAUAAAGACAAGCGGACAGACACAGACGAGCACGAUGAUUGACACAAAUAAUGCUUCUGUUGUUGUCGAAAGGUGUACCUCUAACCUCUUACUGUACUAGUUAACUCUGGACAACCACAACAGCACUUUCUAAACCAACUCCCUCAUGUUCUUGUCCAUUAUUCAAACAUUCGUGUGGUUUAUUUUCAUAUAGAGCUCAUAAUCGAGCAGAGAGGCUCUGCUGAUUUGAAUGUGUCUGGUGGACUAGAGAGGUUCGGCUUUUUGCAGUUGUUCUGAAUCUGCAGCGUGUCUGUGUGUGUGUGAGAGAGACAGAGAGAGACAGACAGCUCUGCUUGUGUACUGUAUAUCAGUGUGAUAGUAAAUCAAGAAUGAAUGAUUGAAUACUUC